GCCGCUCGCCCCGCACCCCGCGCCGCCGCCCAUGGUGCUGCCCGGCCCGCCCGGCAUGGCCCGCUCCGAGGAGGUGCACCGCCUCACCGAGAAUGUCUACAAGACCAUCAUGGAGCAGUUCAAUCCCAGCCUCAGGAAUUUCAUUUCUAUGGGGAAGACCUAUGAAAAAGCCUUAGCAAGCAUGACCUACGCAGCAAAGGGGUACUUCGAUGCUCUGGUGAAGAUGGGAGAGCUGGCCAGUGAAAGCCAAGGGUCGAAAGAAUUGGGGUCCCCGUGCCGUCCCUCGGCAGCGGGCAGGGCACAGCCAGGCCAUGCUGGGAGCCGCGCUGCUUUGUGCCAGGAUGAGCUGGGGGCUGCGGGGGCCGCUGCCAGUCCCGGGCCGUGGGGCAGCCCCGGCCCCCGGCAGCGCCUCCGAGCCCGGGUGGUGAGCGGGCGGCCGCGGUACAUCGAAGCCAUCAGCAACAAGCAAGGGGAGCUGGAAAACUACGUCUCCGAUGGCUACAAGACAGCUCUGACGGAAGAGAGGAGACGGUUCUGCUUCCUGGUGGAGAAACAGUGCGCGGUGGCCAAGAGUGCCAUCACCUACCACGCCAAGGGGAAGGAGAUGCUGACACAGAAGCUGCCGCUGUGGCAGCAAUCCUGCUCGGACCCCAACAAGAUCCCGGACCGCGCCAUACAGCUGAUGCAGCAGAUGGCUGCCAGCAGCAAUGGCACCAUCAUGCCCAGCCCUCUGUCCACAUCCAAGUCCAACCUCAUCAUCUCUGAUCCCAUCCCUGGUGCCAAACCUCUCCCUGUCCCCCCGGAGCUGGCACCUUUUGUAGGACGCAUGUCGGCACAGGAGGCCAUGCCAGUGAUGAACGGAGUCUCAGGCUCUGACAGCGACGGGUACAACCACUGGUCUGAGAUGAAGCCAGCACAGCCCAAAUCUUUAUCUCCUCCCCAGCCUCAGAAGCAGCUGAGUGACUCUUACUCCAAUACACUCCCAGUUCGCAAAAAUGUGGCACCGAAAAACAGCUACGCCUCAGCUGAAAACAAGACACUGCCACGCUCCAGCUCCAUGGCCGCCGGGCUCGAGAGGAACGGCAGGACGAGGGUGCAGGCGAUUUUCUCGCACGCUGCCGGGGAUAACAGCACCCUCCUGAGCUUCAAGGAGGGGGACCUCAUCACACUGCUGGUGCCCGAGGCCCGGGACGGCUGGCACUACGGAGAGAGUGAGAAAACCAAAAUGAGGGGCUGGUUUCCUUUCUCCUACACACGGGUCCUUGACAAUGAUGGCAGCGAGCGGGUCCACACCAGCCUGCAGCAAGGAAAGAGCAGCAGCACUGGCAACCUGCUGGACAAGGAUGACAUCUCCAUCCCGCCGCCGGACUACGGCAUGGCCUCGCAGGCCUUCCCGGCACAGGGCGGCAACACCUUCAAGCAGCGGCCGUACAGCGUGGCCGUGCCCGCCUUCUCCCAGGGUCUUGAUGACUACGGGACAAGGUCUGUCAACAGGAACCCUUUUGCCAACGUCCAGCUGAAGCCAACGGUGACAAACGACCGCUCGGCCCCGCUCAUCAGCUGAUCCGGGAGCGCUGGCGCCCGCGUGGCACUCGCCACCUCCUCACCCUCCUCAUCCUCCUCCU